AUGGGUGCGGAUAUGAAGAUCGUCAACUUUCACGUCCACAUGCCUCACCUCCUCCACUUUCAUCACCACGACAAGAAGCACGCCAGACACACCCCAAAGGGAUGCUUGGCCGUCCUGGUGGGACAAGGAGCCCAGCAGCAGAGAUUUGUGAUCCCUGUCAUGUACUUCAAUCACCCUCUCUUCAUUCACUUGCUGCAGGAAGCCGAGCAAGAAUAUGGGUUCCAUCAGAAGGGCCUCCUCACCAUUCCCUGCCCCGUCGACGACUUUCGUACUGUUCAGGAUCUGAUUCAUCAGGAGGAACAGCAUCACCAUCAUGCCUGGUGCUUUAAAACUUGA